AUGAAUGUCUCAGUUGAUGGUAACAUCAUCAAAUGUAAAAUAUGUGGAACAUUUGAAUCAACAUCGAUUGAAGAGUUUAGAUUACAUGGGUUCAAUCAUUGUAUACCGUCGAUUGCAAACUACUUUGGUGUCUCUCAUCAUCUGAUCGACAGUAAUAAACUGGUCAUUCAAUUGGUUGCUGCUACUGAUAACUCAUCAUCAGAUAGUAGUAAUAGUAAUAGACAAGAACAAGAUGAAUUAGAGAAUGAUAAAAAGAAGAGAAAGAGAGAUCAUGAUGAUUGUAAUCAACAAAAUCAAACAACAACAACAACAACAACAACAACAAUUAUAAAUCUUUUAAGAGUACCAUAUAUUAAAAGAAUAAUAUUCAAUCAAAUAACUGAAAUAUCAAGACAAGAGUUUGAUUUAAAGAGAGAUACAAAGGAUGACAACUACAAAGUAUUUCAAGAUGAUGAUGAAGAUUAUGUAGAGGAAGAAGAAGGUUUCAUUCAAGCAAAGAAAGGAAAAGAUAUUGUAAAGAUACCUCAACUUGUAAUGAUAGGCAAGUAUGGUAUGCCAUGGGACUUUAUCAAACAUUAUCUACCACUGUGUACUGAUAAAGACAAGAUAUUAAAGAAAAGGAGAAUGUUUGCAAUCAGCAAGUAUUGUCGUCAUCCAAAUUCAACAUUGUCGACACUCGAGCAUUUAUUGGAGUGGUCACCAGAUUUUGAUCCUCAAUUUCUACCAAAGGCACAUCGUAAACAACUAGCUGAAAAGGUGGCAGGAGUAGGAAAUAGAGACAUUUUGGAAUUGUUAUUGACCAAGUACCCAGAUAUCAAUUUAAACGGUGCUGUUGGUGCAGCUGCUAUCAAUGGUCAUCUUUCGACACUUGAAUGGUUGACUCUAAAUCACCGUAGAGCUACUUGUGAUGAGUUUACAAUGGAGAUAGUUGCGUCAGAUGGUUAUUUAGAUGUUUUAAAGUAUAUGCAUCAACACAGAACUGAAAAAGCAUAUACAUCUGAUGCUAUAGAUAGAGCAGCAUCGAAUGGACAUUUAGAUGUUAUCAAGUUUUUACAUGAGAUGAAUCUGUCAGAAGGAUGCACAGAGAGUGCCAUUGAUUCAGCAGCAGCUGGAGGUUAUUUGGAUGUAGUAGAGUGGUUACACGAGAAUAGUAGUGAAGGAUGUAGCACAUCUGCUAUGGAUAAUGCUGCUACAUCGAUGGAUGGUCAUUCCAAUUUGGAAUUGGUAAAGUGGUUACAUUUUAAUCGUAGUGAAGGAUGCACAACUGAUGCUAUGGAUUAUUCCUCUUCUUUGGAAAUCACACAAUUUCUUCACAACCAUCGCUCAGAAGGGUGCACUCGCCUUGCAAUGGAAAAUGCAUGUCGAGCAGGACGGUUAGACAUGGUUGUUUGGUUACAUCAAAAUAGAACGGAAGGGUGCACUUCAAAUGCUAUGGAUUCGGCAAUUUCAAAUGGUCAUUUUGAUAUUGUAAAGUUUUUAUAUGAUAAUAGAAGUGAAGGAUGCUCAGACAGAGCUAUGGAAAAUAUAAACAUGGAUAAUGAACAGGUAACAAUAGAGAUGAUAACAUUCCUUAUUCAAAAUCUACAAUUAAAAUGUACAACAAAAUUUUUGAAAAAAGCAAUUCAAUCAGGUCGAUUAGAUAUCGUACAAUUGAUUCACGAACGAGCUCCAACAUCAAAAAUAUGGUCUGAAUUGUCACCAAUAGAUGUAGCAUCAUUUCACAAUCACUUUGAAUUGGUUCAAUGGUUACAUUAUAAUAGAACCGAUCGAUGUUCAGUCAAAUCGAUGGAUCAAGCCGCAAGGAAUAAUAAUAUGGAAAUGUUAGAGUUUCUACAUCUAAAUCGAGCAGAAGGAUGCACAUCUAAAGCAAUGGAAUCAGCUGCAUUGAAUAAUAAUUUGGAAAUGACUAGAUCUCAACAACAACAAUGCACAUGGAAAGCUUUUAAAAUAUAUCCAGGCAGGUAUCCCCACUACGAUGUGAUUCACUAUGUUUUAGACAACCAAUUAAUGCCAAUCAAAGAAAUUCAACAAAUGUUAAAAAGGGAUACCAUUGAUCAUGAAAGAUAUUGGGAAACUAUAGAUUUACUUUAUAAAUAUUUAAAUGAUAAUACUAUUGAAUAA